GUCCUCGUACAUUCAUUUUGUUGCAGCAAUCAGGUCCAUGGCUUCCCCGCUACGUCGCCCUUCUUCAAGAAAGAAAAGUAUAUAUGUGUUGGGACCACCAGAGAGUUGGCUGCCUCAAACAUUCGAAGGAGAUUUCCUUUCUCCCCCAGCUCGGCCUUGUCUGAUAGCAUUGUCUCAAACUCGACAUUCCUGAUUGAGGAAAGGUAGGAGCAUUUCCCACUGGAAGAUGGCGCCUCCAUCAGAAACUAGCUGCAGUCUGCGGCGCAUCUUUUGGACAGCAUUCGCAAAGACAAAGAUGGACAGGAACCAGCGCUCCCCGCUUCCCAUUCCCAACAACAACCUAUUGAAAACCUGCAAGACGGAUAAGCUGGGGGUGAAGUCCUUCCUGCCGCAUUACCUGCCAACAGUUGAUCCAGGCACCGGAUCGACUUCGAAGCUGGUCGUGCAGGCUGAAACGGUACCAAAAGAUGAGGCAAUUCUCUAUCAGUGGCUUGUUCAGAUUGUUACGUUGGUUCAGUGGGUGCUCAUGUGGAUCUUCCCAUUGGCAACAGGCGACUCAAGAACCGGCGGACCUGUUGUGAAUGAUGAGGACGAGAUGGUCCAAGACGCAUUCACCAAGGUCCCAUUUGCAAACCUCCAGAAGUCUUUCCAAGCUCCUGUGCGCCCUCCGGGUAUGGCAAAGGGCAGAGCUGACAUCGGAGAGCUGGCCCGCAAUGGCCCCUUGCUUCGGUACACCCAAGCAAAGUCUCAGCAAGGGCCAACCCAGGGAGGGUACAUCAUUGAUCUCUCGAAGCUCGCAAAGUACAAAGUCUAUCCGGGCCUGCACAGACUGGGGGCCAAAGCUGAGCUAAACGCUGUGUGGCAGGUAACCAGCAUAACCACGGGCGAGACAGGAGCUGUCAGCCCUUCAGACGACCCCGAACGCUUUGCACUGGCCAAACAGAUUUUCUUGGCCAGCGCUGCCACUUAUAACAGCAUUCUACACCACACGAUGGGAGUGCACGUGGCCAUGGCGGAGUGCUUUGAGAUCGCGGCCCGGAACACGCUGAGCGGCUCCCACCCCCUGCUUCGGCUGCUGUGGGCCCACUUCUUUGGGGCAAUCCGGAGCAACGCACAGACCAUCAGGACUGACCUCCAGGGGGGCUUUUUCAAUUCGACGUUUGAAUCGGUGUUCAGCUGGCCUCGCGAGGAGAUCUUCAAAGCGGUAGCUGAUUACUGGACAGACGGGUUCGACCUGCUGGAGAUGGACCCCAGCCAUUACUGCAUGGACGUCGACUCUCCCGCUGCCAACAAUCUACGGGAGCUGUGGGGCGUCAUCGCCAUGUACUCCAAGGAUUACCUGUCUAUCUACUACAAGGACGACGAGGCGGUUGCCACGGACGCGUCCAUCGUUCGUUUCUUAACCCUCCUCAACAACCUGGUACCCGGCGGUGUCACAAAUGUGGUCAACCCGGUCACGCCUACGCUCAGCGGUCUCACCAAGCUUGCAGCCGUCUUCAUAUGGUCGGGCACUGGCGAGCACGGAGCCGUGGGUCAGAACAUGUGGAACUAUGUGUGCUGGACUGCCACGUGGCCGCUCAGAGUGUAUCAGGGCGCUUUGCGUGAGGACAAAGACCGCUACCAACUGUGGCUCAACUACAACUACAUCCUCAACGUGCCGCGUGCCUCUCUUGUAAAGGACUUCUCUGACCUGGCUUUGGACUCCAAAGGCGAGGCAGUCAUGAAAGAGCUCCAGAAGCGCCUCAAGAAGGUUCAAGAGCAGAUGCCUUCGGCGCCGAAGAAGGCGGGGCUCCUCUAUCCCGAUGAGCUGGAUUGCAACAUAGCUUCGUAAAGGCUCUGGAUAUUUAGAUAUGGGCUCCUUCUUUUGUGGCACCAUCCAUUAGCCUGCAUCUGUAGAUUGCAAAGUUACUUGCAGCAAAGUGUGAUCGGAUUUCAAUUGCGUUUGAUACAAAAACCUUCGCAUUUGGUUUGAAACCUAUAUGUUGUUGGGGUCCACGAUAUAUAUAUAGCAAGAGGAGGAUACAUAUACUGUAUAAUAAGAUACGUAUGAUACAAGGUCCUCUGUAGAAUUAUACAGAGCAGUGGCGCUAAUGGACAGAUAGAUAUCACAGAAUUUGAUAGAAAACGUAAUCCGUUUCAUAGAUAAUCAAAAGCCAUGCGCAUGGACAGCUCAUGUGAUAAAGUUUUCUUGUGCAGCAUUAGAUCUGUUGUUCACCACCAAG